AUGGAAGAGAAUAUAGAUAAUCAAAAAGUAGAAGAGGAUAAUAACAAAAGCAGCAGUAGUAACAACAACAACAACUAUAUUAAUAAUAUAAAUCAUAGUAAUAUAAGUAUAAGUAGCGGUGGUGGUACCAUUACUACUACUCCUCCUCCUCCUACAACUACUACAGAAAGGAUUAUAAUGAAAGAAGACGUAUUUAGUAUACUCGAUUCAAUCACUCGAAGUGACUUUUAUUUCAAUCCUAUGGCCACUACGACAACUGCAGCAACAACAACAGCUAAUGUGUCACCAGUGACGGUAGCAUCAAAUUAUAGCGAUACUCUAUCUACUUCCUCUUCUUCAUCUUCUGCUUCAAUGCCUUCACUGGAUCUAUCACAACAUCUUCAUCUCCAACAACAGCAACAACAACUUAGUCGGAGUAAUAGUAAUCUGUCGGCUAGUAGCGGCAGUUCUGUUGUCAAAUCAAAGAAACCAAACCUCCAUGUAGUCAUUUCGGCAAACAACAAUAACAAUUCUAAUAGUCAACCACUCGUCCCGAUUGUAGACGAAAGUCAGCUUCAAAACCAACAACAACAACAACAACAAGAACAACAACAACAACAACAAAAACUAUUAUUGGAAAAGGAUAGUAUUACAGAUAAAUAUAUUCAACAACAAUCAGAUAGUGGAGGAUCUUCGUAUGAUAAUAGUCCCAAGAGUUUCUCGACAGAUGACACGAGUAAUAGUCCAAUCACCUCAUCGCUGCUCAGUAGUUUGGGACAGACUACACCCACCUCACCAUCGACACCAAACUCGUCAGUGUUGGGACCAGUCUUGUCGCCGUCUCUAUUACAGACACCACAUCAGAAAACAACCUCUCCAACAUCCAACCACAACAAACAUAACUUGGGAUUGGUCGGACUUAUCAACCACAAGAAAUACGACGAAAUGGUGCUCAAAGAGACCAGUUUCUUUUUGAGUACUGCCAGUAUUGGUUCAAACAGAUUAAGAAAAAGCGAUAAUAAUGUCAUCAAGGCAUCAGAUUUAAAUCUUGGAUUCACGACAACGACGAUAGAUUAUAGUAAUACGACGUCACCGGCAUUAUCUCCUUUUGGAAAACCACGUUCAAUGACAACGGCUACACCCAAACAGGUGCCAGUUACACCAACAGGUUAUUAUGGCAAUAUCCCACCUCCUACAACACCCAAUCGAAAUGUUGAGAAACUAUCUAAAUUUUUUGGUACUAGCAAAGAAUCAUUUGUUGGUCAAUCUAAAGAGGAACAAUCAUCCUCUUUGGCAUCGAAUAUAAGUAGCAGUAGCAGUAGCGGUAGCAGUCUCAGCACAAAUGGUGGAUCGUCUUCAUCACCGUCACUGCUUCAACAUAGUGGUGGUGUGGGUAUCAUUGCCAAUCAGCAACUACUCGUUACGCUAAGCGACAGUUCAAACAGCAUAUCACCCAACUCUACACCAUCAUCCUCUCCAUCAUCGUCACCUCCUGCAUCACCCACUACGGCACCAACACCCAUCUCACUAGUCGGGCUGAAUCUGUCGUCACCCCAUAUUUCAACACCUGGAUCCUCGUCUGCGGCUGCAUCUGCAAUCAACGGGUCAUUACCAUGGGUGUCGGGAGAAUCACCUGCCAAGCGACUAAGCAGAGCACGUGCAUCUACAACAGUUGGUUAUUACUCUGAUUCUGCUAUGCUCACUCGGCAACCAUCCAGUCAUAAUCUUGGUGCAUUGUUAACAUCACCUCUUUUAUUGCCACCUGCAAUGGGUGGUGGUGGUGGAAACGGUGGAGGAGCAAGUGCGAGUGACCGUAGUUUAUCAGGACGUGAUACACAUAGUAAAAAAUCAAAAAUGUUGAUUGCCAAACUACUCAAGGGUAAUCCUCAACAACAACAGACUACAACUCUCAGUACUAGCUUGAAUCUCAGUGGACUAGGACCUCCAAUCAGUCUCCAGACACCUUCAAGAAACUCGUCCUCUUCAAAAGGUCGACCCAAUAACCACCACAUUGUACAAUGUAAUAUGAUUCUAGUGCCAAACGGAGAGACCCUCUCCAUGGUACUAAAAGAGAGAAGUCUAUACGAAGCAUUUAGAGCAUUUUGCGAAAAGGAGCAUGCUCUCAACAAUCUAUUGUUUAUCGAAGAUGUAGAAGAAUUCCAACAAUCGACACCCAGCUCUGACGAGUCUGAGGAAAUGGAAAGAAUCUACCAAAAGUAUUUGGCUCCAGAUGCUCCCAACGAAUUGUCAUUUAUCGAUAAAAAGUUGUUAUCCUCUAUAUUUACUCAACAAAAUCAACAAAAUCAAUUACAAUUCCAACAACAUCUUCAACAACAACAAGCUCAUCAACAAGCUCAGCAACAAGCCCAAUUAUUAUUACAACAACAAGCUCAAUUAUUAUUACAACAACAACAACCAAUUGAAACAUCACCACAAUUGACUAUACAAAGCUCAACCAAUACAACUACCAAUACAACGCCAACCUCAUCACCAACUUCACCACCACCUCCUCCAACACCAACCACUUCACCUUCACCGAAUCAAAAUUUUGAUCAAUUGGUUCUUUUAACACCUACUAGUAGUAGCAGCAGCGGUGGUAGUAGCCAACAGAAUAAUAGUAUAUUAUCACAGCAGGCACCAACCACUCCGGCUUCACCACCUCCAAUGGUUUUACCACCACAACCAACACCACCACCUACAACACCAACGCCACCACCACAAAUAUUUAAUAACCUCAAUAUAAUUAUAGCACCACCAACAUCAAAUAGAGUGAUAUUUGAUAAAGUAUUCAAAAUUGUUAGAGAUAACAUUGUAAAUGAACCAUUUAAAAAGUUUUGUCUAUUUGUUAAUAAUCAAAAUAACCAUCCAACCAUCAACAACCCACCUCCAACACCUACCAGUCACAGCCACAACCAUGCUCAGAAUAGCAGUAAUCUUAUUCCAUCGCCAUCUUCUGCAUCGGCUGCUCUUGCCGUUCCCAUUACGAGCAAUUCGUGGCAUAGUGGCAAUCUUUCACCAUCCAACUCCAACACACCUUCACCAUCAUCCUCACCACCAACCGAUCUCAUCUUUCCUGUUGGUGUUAACCAUCCUCCAUUUUUCAAUGUAUCUCCUGCCUCUCCUCAACCAUCACCAAGAACUGAGGCUGUCAAUACAGGAGGAGGAGGAGGAGGAAAUACCACUCCAUUAUCCCCACGUGGAGGAGAUCGAUCGCAACAACAUCAUCAUAAUCAUACAGAAAAAUCACCAAUUCAAAACCUACCAACUCUUCCACUUUUGCAAGACCUUUCACGUCAAGAAAGAACCAAUAGUAAUGGAAGUGAUGGAAGAACAACGGAUAGACAUCUCACCUCUCCUCCUCUUUCACCUAGAGUGUCUAUGAUUAGACCCCAUUUCCUAAAGGACAGUGGAGGCAUCAUUAAAGAACGAGGUGGAAUAUCUCCUUCAUCCAACCACCAAAAUAUAUUUGACUUGCGACUCCAACUACAACAACAAGCCUAUCAAGCUUCAUCGGUAGCACCUACCACUGCCUAUACACCAAUUUUUGCCGACUCGUCAGAAACUGAAGAUGAGCUUAGCGACGAUGAAAGCACCGAAGAGUAUGGUGUUGCAUUUGGAUUCAAACGUGGUCCAUGCAAUCAACCAUGCGAUUGUUUGGCCUACAAGCCAAAGGGUAGUAAUGGUGGAGCAUGUCAAAAUUGUGGUCAUUAUCCAGCAUCUCAUAAAAACCUUGGCAAGGUACAACAAAAGUCACAACAACCUUUGGACAAUGAUGACUUGAUUAUGCAAAGUCCAGCGAUGCUAUCAACGGUUGAUUCUCCUCUUCCCUCACCAAAACGAAACAAAAUCGAUACCUAUACCUUUUUACAAAAAUUAAUUAUCCAAUCAAACAAAAUACAACAACAACAGCAACAACAACAACAAAACAAAGAUAACAAGGAUAAAGAAAGGGAAAAAGAAAAAAAGGAAAAGGAAAAAGAAUUGUUGGAACAACAACAAGAAGAAAAAGAUAAAGAUGAGAAUGAAAAUCUUGUACAAGAAAAGGAAGACGAACAAAAUGGUCAAUUGACUGAUAAUGAAAUUGAUCAAGUCAAUGUUAUUACAACACCAACAGCAACAACUACUCCUACAUCAAUCACAACAAUAACUAAAACUAAUAUUAAUAAUAAUAAUAAUAAUAAUAAUAAUAAUAAUAAUAAUAAUAAUAAUGUAAAUAAUAAUCCUUUAGCAACAUCAAUAGAUAUAGAUACAGAAAGAUUAUUGAUUAAUUUCAAUAAUUGGGCAAUUGAUGGAGAAGAAGUUGUAUAUUUAAAUAAGCUUGGAGAAGGUACAUCUGCCAAAGUGUAUAAAGCAAUUUGGAGAAACCAAGAGGUUGCAGCCAAGAUCCUCAAAAACGCACCAGAGAACCAAAAGUUGUUAGAUUUCCUCAAGGAACUCGAGAUUAUGAGUUCGCUUCGUUCACCACACGUCGUCUACUUUUAUGGUAUGGUCAUUCAACCCAAGAUUUGCAUGAUCAUGGAGUAUUGUAGCAACCAAUCUCUCUACCAUCUUAUGCACACUUCGAUGGAUUUUACUUGGGACUGGGUACUAAAGUUCUCAAUUGAAAUGGUCAAAGGUAUCGUUUGCCUACACAAUUGGAAACCUGCCAUUGUUCAUCGUGACCUUAAAUCUCUCAAUCUACUUGUCUCUGACAAUUGGACCAUCAAAGUAGCCGAUUUUGGUCUUUCUCGUUUUGCAACUUCCAAAGCUCAAUCAAUCCGAAAGACUAGAGGUACUUAUGCUUAUUGUGCACCAGAAGUUUAUUAUGGUGAUUAUACAAUGAAAGGUGAUAUUUUUUCUAUUGGUAUUAUUAUCUGGGAAUUAGUAGUUAGAUGUAUGAAAGGAAAAUAUGAAAGACCAUUUUCAGAAUUUAAACAAAUUCAAUAUGAUUUCCAAAUUUUAAUUCAAACAUCAAAGUAUAAUAUUAGACCUACAAUCCCAUCUAAUUGUCCAGAAUCAAUUUCAAAUUUAAUUCAUCAAUGUUGGGAAAAAGAACCAGAGAAACGACCAACAUCAACAGAGAUUUUAGAAACUUUACAAUCAUUAAAUAAGAGUUAUGAGGGUGACAAGGAUAAUAGAAAGAAAUGGGAAAGAGUUAGAGAGAAAUUAAAGAAAACAUAA